CAUUCGAAGCGUGGCUAAACCCUAAACCCGCAACCGCACUCGCCUUCCCGCCGCCGGCGAGCACCGUAGCCACCAUGGUCGCCGCCGAAUACUCCAUAGACCGCAAGCUCUCCAAGCUCGUGGAGGAGGCUCGGCUGAGUGCAGCGGCCCUCCGCGCCGCCGCCCAGGCCGCUGACGCCGUAGCGGAGCUCAUCAAGAGGGUGCCGCAGCAGCAGGCGACGCCGGAGGCAGCGCGGGGUUUCAUCAGGGACCUGGGGCUAGAAGCGGAGAAGCUCGCGUUCACCUUCCGGCCGCCGGAGGAGGUGCGGCUCGCCGGGAGCCACGCGGCCGGCGCGGUCGCGAGGCCCGAUGUCGCUGCGGACCUUCUCGUACGCUUGCCCAAGGAAUGCUUCCACGAGAAGGAUUUCCUAAAUCACCGGUACCAUGCAAAGAGGUGUCUUUACCUCUGUGUCAUUGAGAAGAACUUGAGGUCCUCUCGAUUAAUCCGCAAAGUUUUAUGGUCUACCUUUCAAGAUGAGGCUCGAAAGCCUGUGCUUCAUGUAUAUCCAGCAACUGAAAUUGCAGACCUUCCUGGGUUCUAUGUCAGAAUAAUCCCAACUGCGAAUUCUUUGUUCAAUGUUUCAAAGUUGAAUGUAUCAACAAGAAACAAUGUUCGCGCAUAUACCAAAGAUGGCAUAAACCUACCCACAGCAAAGUACAAUUGUAGCAUAUUGGAGGAUAUGUUUUUGGAGGAAAAUGCAGAAUUUAUAAGCAGCACCGUUGCUGACUGGAAAGCCUUGCAAGAGGCCUUGGUGUUAGUGAAAGUUUGGGCACGUCAAAGAACUUCAAUAUACACACAUGAUUGCCUCAACGGGUACUUAAUAUCUGCCAUCCUUGUGUUUCUUACUGUGGACUCCGGAGGAAGCAUAAUUACUAGAUCAAUGACUACAAGACAAAUUUUCCGUGUCGUGAUGAAUUUUUUGGCAACUUCCAAGGUGUGGGCAAAGGGUUUGGUGAUUCAGUCAAUGAAGAAGCGUACAAUCACCAAAGAGGACAUUGCCAAUUGCCUGAAAACAUUUGAUGUUGCCAUAUGUGAUAUAUCGGGCCACGUAAAUCUGUCGUUUCGGAUGACAAAGUCUGCUUUUCUAGAGCUUCAAGAUGAGGCAGCUUGUGCGCUUAAUUGCCUUGAUAAAUGCAGAGAUGGUGGAUUUGAAGAGCUAUUUAUGACCAAAGUUGACUUUGGUGCUAAGUUUGACUCAUGCUUGAGGAUAAACUUGAAAGGAAACUCUAAGGUUACUGCAUUAAGCUGUUGCGUGGAUGAUGAAUCUUGGAGAAUUCUUGAAAAAGAUGUUCAGUCUUUGCUGCAACAAGGACUUACAGAUAGAACAAAGAUGAUCCGAGUCCUAUGGAGAAGCACGCCUUCCGAAUGGAAAAUAAUGGAUGGUUUCUCAGAAUUUGGUAGCAGUCCCCUGCUCGUUGGCAUAAUGCUUAGCUCAUUGGAAAAGAGUUUUCGUCUUGUGGAUAUUGGUCCAAACCCUGAGAACCGCAGUGAGGCUAUUAAAUUUAGGAAAUUUUGGGGAGAGAAAGCUGAACUUAGGAGAUUCAAGGAUGGAAAUAUUGCUGAAAGCACAGUGUGGGAAUCUGAAUCUUGGGAGAGGCACACAAUUAUCAAAAGGAUCGCUGAUUAUGUGCUUAUGAAACAUUUGUCGCUGCAGAAGGAUGAUUUGACUCAUGUUGUUGAUCAGCUGGACUUUUGCCUCUUAGUUGAUGGCCAAGAUCCGGUCUCAUCUUCUGGAGCUUUGCUCGAAGCUUUUGAUACUUUAUCUAAGCAGUUACGUCUGUUGGAUGAUGUCCCUCUUAAAAUAUCUACCGUGCAACCCCUAGACUCAGCUUUUAGGCACACCUCUGUGUUUCCUCCUGAACCUCAUCCACUGGCAUAUGGAAAGAAUUCUCAGAGGCUGCCGAAUUUCGCAACAACUUGCAUUAGAUCUAUGGAAGUUAUGAUUCAGCUAGAGGGAUCUGGUAACUGGCCAUUGGAUCCUGUGGCCAUGGAGAAGACAAAGACUGCAUUUCUUUUGAAAAUUGGUGAAAGUUUCAGCUUGGAGGAUCGAGGAAUGUAUGUUUCAGCCAGUGAAGAUGAGGUGAAUGUCCUUACAUCUGGAUACUCAUUCUUACUCAAAAUAUUUCACGAAAGAGGCUUAGUGUUGCAAAAGCAAGCUGGAGAUGAUAACACACAAAGUGCUCUAUCACAAGAUAAGGUGCUUUUUCAGCGGAGCCAGCACUCAAGUAUGAUUAAUGGUCUGCAUGGCCGUUACCAGAUGUAUGGACCAGUAGUCAGGCUAGCAAAAAGAUGGAUAUCUGCACAUCUGUUUUCUUCAAUUAUCUCAGAGGAGGCAGUUGAGUUGGUGGUUGCAUAUCUAUUUUUGAAGCCAUUCCCAUUCCAUGCCCCUUCUUCUCGGGUUGCUGGGUUUCUCAGGUUUUUGCGGUUGUUAUCCAGUUUUGAUUGGACCUUUUCACCCAUGGUUAUUGACAUAAAUAAUGACUUCAAUCUGAAGGAUGAGAAGGAGAUCAAUGAAAACUUCAUGAUGAGCAGAAAAUCUUAUGAGCAAAAUCCUCAUGAUAUAGAGCCUGCAAUGUUUCUCGCUACGUCAUAUGAUAAAGCAUCUGAAGCAUGGACAAAACAGUCACCAAGCAAGUCGGUUCUUAAACGGAUGGCUGUUUAUGCUAAAAGCAGUGCAGAACUUUUAACAAAUCUUAUACUAAAUGGCCAAUCAGGGCAAUAUACUUGGGAGUGCCUGUUCCAAACACCUAUGGGCAAUUAUGAUGCUGUUGUUCUCCUCCAUCAAGAGAAGCUUUGCCGUCCCCAUCAUGUACUUUUCCCUGCCGAGAUUCCUAAUGGUAAGUUGGUGAUCUGGGGCAAACCGAGUAAAGAUUUCCACCCCUAUAUGCCACUUAAUAAAGGGGUUGUGAAAAGUUUGCAUGAUGCAAGAGAUAAACUUUUGGUAAACUUCGACCCAACUACAUACUUCCUGCGAGACUUGAAGUGUGCAUUUCCCAAAACCUUCAAGCUGUGGUAUGGUUCAGAAGGAGGAGAUGCUGUUGGUCUUACAUGGGAGAACCCAAAGAAGCGUGGCAGAGAGGAGGCCGAUGAAACCAUGCCAGAGCUGACAUCUAUCCUUAAGGAGGUUGGAGAUGUUGGUAAAGGUUUGGUGAGGGGUGUGUAUCUCCUGAAAGCACCAAAGCUUCAGUAAACUACUUUGUGAAGAACUGAAGAUCUCAACGAACUAGCUGAUGCGCAAGAACGAUGCCUUCUAUUAUUUGCGGGAUAGCACAACUUCUAACUGGUUUUUUUCCCACUAGCAAGAUAGAAGCAUAGGUUCCAGGACAGUGUUUGUGCAUGCUGGCAAUAGAUUAAAUGUGGCAAUGUUCUCAUGAAAUCAUAAUGAUCUGUAGUGUUUAAAAUUUAUAUUCGACAACUGAAAAGAUAAAAGAUCAAAGGUUUUGGGGUCUGUAUCCAAAUUUUGAUUUAGUAUAUAUCGAAAUGUAUUUUUUGCCACAUCUAUUGCAAUGAGAAUGCCAAUCCUCAAGCUUCAAGUACCAAGUUGCUUC